AUCUCUUUAGGUCAAAACUUCGCGGUGUGACUCGACAGAAAGCGUGCCACAGCGUUCUAUUUCAGUGUAUGAUCGGGUUAUAUAAGCAUAAAUUAUGAACGAGCCGGUGUCAAAAGCUGCAAAGAUGUCAUCUGUGUUGGAUCAGAUCAAGGAUCACACUGUUGUUGUGGCUGACACGGGCGAUUUUGAAGCAAUGAAGAAGUACAAACCUACAGAUGCAACAACCAAUCCUUCCUUGAUCCUGGCUGCUGCGAAGAUGGAGCAGUAUCAACACCUCAUAGAUGAUGCAGUUCAGUACGCCAAAGCAAAGGGAGGCUCUUUUGAUGAUCAGUUGGACUGGGCCAUGGACAGAUUGUUUGUUAACUUUGGAUCAGAAAUCCUGAAGAUUAUCCCUGGAAGAGUUUCCACAGAAGUUGAUGCAAGAUUGUCUUUUGACAAGGAGGCUUCCAUCUCAAAAGCCAGAAGGAUCAUCGAUUUAUACACAGAGAAAGGGAUUGACAAGGAAAGGAUUCUCAUCAAACUUGCAACUACCUGGGAGGGUAUUGAGGCAGCCAGAACCCUGGAACAGGAAUAUGGAAUUCACUGCAACUUGACUUUGUUGUUUUCAUUCGCACAGGCUGUUGCAUGCGCAGAAGCUGGGGUGACACUCAUUUCACCUUUUGUGGGCAGAAUCUUUGAUUGGUAUGUGAAAAACACAGACAAAAAGAAGUUUGAGCCAUUGGAAGAUCCAGGUGUUCAAAGUGUCACUAGGAUCUACAAUUACUACAAAAAGUUUGGAUACCAGACUGUCGUCAUGGGAGCCUCUUUCAGAAAUACAGAACAGAUAACAGCACUUACUGGAUGUGACCUCCUCACUAUCAGCCCAUCACUUUUGGAAAAGCUUUCCAGCAGCAAUGAGAAAGUUACUGUGUACCUUUCAGAGAAACAAGCAAAACAGUGUGAACUGACAAAGAUUAACAUGGAUGAGAAGACCUUCAGGUGGAUGCUAAAUGAAGAUGAAAUGGCAACGGACAAGUUGGCUGAGGGGAUAAGGAAAUUUGCUGCGGAUGCUAUUAAACUGGAGAACGUGAUGAAGGAGAGGCUUUCAAAGGCUUAGGAAUACGACGGUCAAUAAAAAAAACUAAGUGGUCAUUCUUUUUAAAUGGAAAUUGGUGACAUUUAUCUUGUUAAAAUUAUUUGCUUCCACAUUAUAGCAAUCUUUGUUGAACAAAGAUUUAUAUCAAAACUUUGAAAACUUUGCAUUAUAUCCGUGAUGCACAUUUUCUAAAACACAAUGCUUUGCCAGCAUGUUGAAGAAGGCUUUCACAUUCAAGUUUCCUAUACUACUACAGUUCAGAUGAAUUGUUCAUGGAUCUUUUUCCACAACUGUACAAUUCAACUUAAAUCAGUUCUUAACAGCACUGCCAGUAUAAACAAGUUAUUUUUGAAAGUGACACUUUUGCAACAUAAAUUAGAACAAAAUUUGUACUGAUUUUAGAAUAUUGUUAUGAAGAUUGUUUUUGUUUGCAAAAAAUUAUAACUAUACUAUAAUAGUAUAAUAUAACUUUAUUGAAGUAGAAAAAUAACAAUCCAUGUACUGUUUGUUUACAGUAAGAUGAAAGAUAUUACUCUAGAACUUUUCAAGAAAAUAAAAAGCAAUUAAAAUUUUUUUGACUUAUUCUUCUUAACUUGUGUGAAUACCCCAGAGCUGUAGGCAGUGAAAAAUGGAUGAGAUGGGGGAGGAGGGCUGUUGAAGUUGAAGGCCCACAAUGUAAACACAGUUAGUAUUCCUAUCACUGCAGUACUCCUCUAGAUGCUGGCUAACGAUAAUCCGAAAGUAGACUCUUGAUAGUCUGGGAGAAAGGAAAAGGCUAAACCAUUAACGAUAAAAAUGACAUUUUGAAAAAAUCACUGUAGGAGGGAUUUAUCCUAGCCCAAAUUCCUUAGCCAAUGGCCCUAUGCACAGAAAUAACUUUGUAUGUUUGGUCAUUUAGCAUUUUGAGAAAUAGGUGUUUUUUACAUAACUACAUGAAAAUCUGGAAAAUUUCUAUUACCACUAUCAACUG